CCGCUACACCGACGAGCGAGCAUGUCGUCGAGCAGCACACAGCAGAUCCGCACGGCGACCAUCUCGCGCAAGACGGGCGAGACCGAGAUCGAGUGCACCCUCACGCUCGACCACCUCCCCGGCACCAAGCAGGUCAUCGACAUUGACACCGGCGUCGGCUUCUACAACCACAUGCUGCACGCGCUCGCCAAGCACGGCAAGAUGUCGCUCCAGCUCAAGUGCAAGGGCGACCUCGAGGUCGACGACCACCACACGGUCGAGGACUGCGCCAUCGCGCUCGGCGAGGCGUUCAAGGAGGCGCUCGGCGAGCGCAAGGGCAUCCGCCGGUACGGCACUGGCUUUGCGCCCCUCGACGAGGCCCUCGCGCGCGCCGUCCUCGACAUCUCGUCGCGCCCGUACUUCUGCGGCGACCUGCAGCUCAAGCGCGAGAAGAUUGGCGACCUCUCGACCGAGAUGAUCCCGCACGUGUUCCACUCGUUUGCGCAGGGCGCUGGCGUCACGCUCCACGUCGACGUGCUCCGGGGAGAGAACGACCACCACAAGUCCGAGUCGGCGUUCAAGGCGCUCGCGCUCGCGAUUCGGGAAGCGGUCCAGACGGACGGCUCGGACGAGGUGCCGAGCACCAAGGGCGUCCUCGCCGUCUGAGGCACGAGCGCUCGUCCCGCAACCUCCUUCGUUACCC